AUGUUGGGUGAGAAGCCUAAAAUAGCUCAAAUGAAGCAACAACUAGCUCAUUCUGAAAUGCGUUUGGAAAGUAUAAAGAAGGCUCAUGAUAAUGCUGAAAAAGCUGUUAAGAGUCUUGAUCAACAGAUAAAGGCAGCUGAAGCGAAUAUUAAAGAAAUUGAAAAACAAAAAGCCGAAUUGGAGAAAAAACUUUCUGAAAAAUCAAAGCGACAAGGAAUUAAUUUGAAUGAAGCGGAUGUUAAAGAAUAUCGUCGUUUAAAAGCAGAAGUUGAAAAACGUUGUACAGUUAUUGGAACAGAUUUGGAAAAUAAACGUGAAGAAAAAAAAUCGGCAGUAGAUGCAAAUGAAUUUGAUAGGCGUCGUUUACAACAAAAUCAAGAAAAAUUGGAUGAACGACAAAAAGUAUUAGAAACUGAUAAGAAAAAUUUGGAAGCACUUGAACAAACAGAAGAUCGGCAAAGAAAAGAUUUGGAAGAGGCAAGAAAGAAAUUGGAUGAGUUACAAAGGGAGGUUGCAAAUUCAAAAGAUAGGAAGAAAAAAUUGGAAGAGGAAUACAACAAAGUAUGUAAAGAAAUUGCUGAUGCACAUGGUGACCAUUCAGAAUCUGAAAGAAGCCGUCGUCAACACGAAGCUGUCGAAAAUUUAAAAAGAGUUUUUACUGAUAAAGUUUAUGGACGUCUUGUUGAUUUGUGCAAGCCUUCAAAUAAAAAAUAUAAUUUGGCCGUUACAAAAGUUUUUUUUCUUUAUUUUUUGAGUGGGGUGGCUUUCCCUUUGGUUUGGAUUUUUUGGGUUGAAAUAGUUUGGCUUUAGAGAUCAAAAUCGUAUCCGGAUUGUUCGGGAAGGCUUCCUUCCCCCUGGAAAGUUCCCUGGCAUGAUCUGGGAAAAAAAAGUUCCUGGCCGACUUUUUCCUUGGAAAGAUACGGGAAGGGGUCCCUAUCCUACUGGAAUGUCCUUGGAAGGUUUAAACGGGAAGGGGUCCCUAUCCUACUGGAAUGUCCUUGGAAGGUUUACUUUCUCACUUGAAUGACAUGGGAACUGUUCUUGUUCUUUUUCACCUAGAAAGACCUGGAAAAGAUUCCUUUCUCCUUGUUAAGUUAUUC